ACAGGCGUUCAUUGACAAGAUGGAAAACGGUAACUUAGGCCAGAGUGAGCUAGCGACUAGGGGCGAAGUGAGGGCCAUUGGGGAGGAAGUUCAGCGACAACAUGAACUUCAGAACCAGCAUACCCAGGUUCUUCAAUCUCUAGCCGGUGAGCUGCGGACGAUCCGAGAACUCCUGACGCCUACAGCCUCAGCCGCUUCGGACCCACCUUCACCUGUCUUGGACCGAGCUGUGGGUGCAUCACCAAUUCCGAGGCCCUACUCUACGGAACCUCAGGCGACUUGUGGUCGUGACAACCCUGGUGCUGUUCGCCAACCCCUGGGACCAUCCUUGAGUGCUAGCGUGGCAGAGUGGCAAGAAGCGACGCUGUCUUUGAUAGCUAAAGGUAGUGCUAUCAAUUCUGAGGCUCCUAUUUUUCGGAAUGCUGUGCGGGAUCAUCCAGCGAGGUUCUUGAAGGCGUUGGAGGACCACUUCAACUUGACGCAUACCCCGAGGUCAGAACAUCUAAAUCUUGCCAAAUCCAGGUUACACGGUUCUGCCAAAGAUUGGGUGGAAUUCCUCUCCGAUGGUUGGUCCACCUAUGAUGAUUUCAAACGAGAGUUCUUGGCUGCAUUCUGGUCCGUGGAUCAACAACAUGAAGAACGACGGCGCCUAGGCAUGAGGAAGUACCAAGCUGCGCAGGACGGAGACAUGGCGAGCCACUUUCUCCGCCAAAUCAAUCGUUAUCGGUUGUUUUCACCACCUCUAUCCCAGGACACGAUGCAGCGGGAGGUAAUGCGACAGUAUCCACCAGCCAUACAGUCGUUAUGGGCCCUUAUGGACAGACCGACGCUCGCCUAUACCGUGACUUUUCUGGAACGACAGGACAGCAUCGAGAGAUCCCAGCCACAUAGCGAUACGAGACAUCAUCUGAGAAGGCGUUCCGAGGGAAACCCAACCAAGGCAAACACGAGGGGAUACCCACCACCAAGACCGCCAAAGGCUGGGGGCGUAAGCAAGUCGUCGGGAAACGCUUAAGGGGAGUAUUUUCGGGGGAAAUAC